CAAAUGAAAGCCAGUCACCGACGUCGAUCUAGGAUUGGAACAGAGCUUCCCCGGGGGGAGCCGGUUAGUCUGCGGCCAAAGAGCGCAUACUCGGGUGGGCGGAUCGUAGCGGUGACAGCGACGCUCGGAGACUACCGACAAACUGUCAAAAAGCAGACAACUAACGCCAUGGCGGAGUUAGACCUGAGUCUGAGCGACGCACUGACGGACAGCGUUGAACAGCCGGGCCCGGAGAGCCUGGUGGAAAGGGACUUUGUGGCUCAGCUGGAAGCGGAGACCUUCGUUGAUCAUGUCGGGGAGACGGUGGGAAAGACAGACUACAUCCCCCUGCUGGACAAUGACAACACCAGAGCAGACACGGGUGCUACGUUGGAGAAUGGAGAGCAGGAAGCUCAUGGGGUGCAAAAGCCUGGUUGUAAGCUGACGGCGGGGGGACAGACAUCACUGUUGCGCCCAGAGCCACAGGGAGAGGUGCGGACACGCUCACUUGACCAGCAGCAGGCCUUGGCUACAGACUUCAUAUCAGCUUCCAUGGCAGGUUAUUCAGAUCCUCUGGGCUCUCAGACCAGCCCUGCCCCAAUGGUGGAUACUGGCCGGAUGGAAGCUUUUUCAGGUUUCUCCCAGCCUGGUGGAAGGGGGGUCAAUGUGGACUUUGGGUCUGCACCCCACUCAGCAGAGAAGAUUCAAAGUAUAGCAGAACCCCACCAUCCCACACCCCCAGCGGGUUCAGAAGCCCCUAAAGAGCACAGCCCCAUGCUGCCUGAACCCCAGACUCCUCGCAGCCCUCUGGAUCUGUCAUCAGGUGCCUUAGGCGACUGCUGGCCAGACGAAGCUGGCUGCCUACCGACAGACCUCCCUUUCAGCCCCAGUGUCUCCACUGUGAUCAGUCGCCAUGCAGGCCAUCUCCCAGUCAACCCUGACAACCCACCUGACAGUUGGCCUAGCCGCGAGAGCCCUGCCUAUGCUGGAGGCGAUGAAAGGGAGGGAGAAGGUUCAGACCGAAAACAGAAGAAGAAGAAGAAAAGGCGACAGAAAGACGAGGGAUCUUACGAACACCUGGAGAGCAGGGGUCACCCUGAGGUACAAACACGGGGAGAAAACACUCCCUUAACAGAGGAGUUCUACAACAGGAUUGGCCCAAGGCGGGAUAGGGGAGAUGGUGGCUGGGAAGACAAUCUUGGGAAGAGCGGAGGCCGGGGGAAGAAGGGUAAGAGCAGGAAGAAGCUUCCAGAGGAGUGGGGAGUCACGGCAGAAUCAUUUGUCCCUUCGGCCGCAGUGACCUCUCCAAUCACAGAGGAGGUGCUGAUGGAUCUAGGGAGUGCUGGUCAGGCAAACCUGGAAGCCUCGUUCGGAGACAUGGACACCAGCCAGAGCCACUGGAAAAAGGAGGUCUACCCAGAAGAAGGCCUGGUCUCUUCCCCCCUGUCUCAGGACCUAUUCUCCCCAACAGAUGCUUCCAUCAACCCACUGGUCCUGAACAGCGAUCUGAAAGCCACAGCAGCUCCGUUCACUAUGCCCUCCAGCACCAACAGCGCAACACUUGGCUCCCUCCCCAUGGCUCCUGGCCCUGUUGAUCUAUUUGACCUCCUGAUGGAUACGGAAAAUGCAAGCUUAGGCGACAGCAGCCAGGCCUUAUCACCUGGUGGUGACAUGGUUGACAGCAGGAUGUUUGAUAACACCAGUUCUCUUCAAGAGUCUUGUGUGCAAGGCGUGUCUGAGGGAGACACCUCUGCUUUCAGCCCCGCCCAGCCAAGCCCAGGCCUCUCCCCAAAAGGUGAGGUGAUAGCCUCGGCCCCACCUCUCUCACCUUCAGAUGCUUCAUGGAUUCUGAAUGACUCCAACAUGAGCAGCAACAGCGAGCUAUUUCAGUUCAGUGACAUGAGCACUUCAGGUCAUCCUUUAACCUUAGGGCUGUCCUUUGACACACCUAGCCCAGCCCCUCUCCGCUCCCCUAAAACCACAGCGCAGGAAUUCCAACCCAAAGAGCACAAAGAUGCCAAAUUGGGCCAGAAGACACCCAAGAAGUCUCGUUCUUCAUCUUCCUCCUCCUCUGUAAAGAGUCCCACCUCCCCAGGAUCUGGUCUUAACCCUACAGCUAAGCCCUUCUUUCCUAGCUUUGCUGAUCCCAUUGAAGAACCAGCCGUGGUCCCUCCAGUUCCCCCCAUCAUCGAAGUAAAAUCCGACAAGAUGGAGAAGGCAGAGAAGGAGGAGGAGAAACUGGAGGACAAUGUAAAGAAGGUGGACCCUCUGGAUAAAGCUGAGCAGAAGAGUGUGAAGGUGGAAUUUGCAAUCAGUGAGACUCCAGCCAAGGUAGAGAAAGAGAUGGAGAAGGAAGAGCAGACAGAGGCACAAAAAGAGGCAGAAAAGGUGAAAGAGAAGGAGAACGAGAAAGAGGUGAAAGAUGCAGGAAGAGUUAAAGAGGAGAAAGAGGCAGCCAAAGUGAAGGUGACAGAGGAACAGACAGAAAAGGAGAAAGAGAAGGAGAACGAGAAAGAGGUGAAAGAUGCAGGAAAAGUUAAAGAGGAGAAAGAGGCAGCCAAAGUGAAGGUGACAGAGGAACAGACAGAAAAGGAGAAAGAGACAGAGACAGUGGAGUCAAUGCAGCAGAAGGCAGAAAAAGAGGAUAGCAUGAAAAAGGUAGAAGAAUCACCAGAUAAAUUGCUGAAGACAGAUACAGUGGAAAAGACAGGGAAAGUAGAAAAAGUGGAGAUGACAGAAGAAGAAGGGAGAAAAGUGGAGAAAACAGAGAAUGUGGAAAAAGUGGAGAAAAAUGAAAAGUCCAAAAUUGAAGAAAAAACAGAGAAGCUUGAGAAAACUGAGAUGAAGGAUGGCAAAGAGCAGCGCAUGGACAAAGUAGAAAAGACCCCAGAGCAACAGCCGACACCCGUCAAGCCGGAGACCAGUUAUGACAAGCUGGAGAAGAAGGCUGACACGGAGACAAAGAUGACACCAGAGUUGGAAGACACCAAGAAAGAAAAGGCUGACACAGACGAAGCCAAGAAGACGGAGAAAGAGGACGAGGCGGAGAAACCCCCUGAGGAGCCGGCAGACAAACCAGCGCAGAAGAGCGAUAAGGACGAGAAGCAGGACAAAAUGCGGGUCGACAAAAAAGUUGUGGAGAAAAAGGAUGACAAGAAGGACAAGGCUGCAAAAUUAGAUGGAGGAGAGAAGGCCAAAAAAGCAAAACCUGCAACCAAUGGAAGCAGUGCCACACUGAGCAGAGACCCGGCAGGUGCAGACAAGAAGACCAAGCCAGCUGCCGUGGCUACCAAACCGAGCGCUGCUGCUAAAACGCGUCCGAGUACCGCAGCUGCCGGUGGUUCAGUCACAGCCCCUACUAAGCGCCCCACAUCCUCCACCACCACCACCUCCAUCUUAGACAAAAAAACUACCACAGCAAAGGCACCAUCCACAGCCGCUGCUGGUCCAAAGCGUCCCUCCACCACUUCUACCAGCCGCCCUGCAUCCUCCACCACCUAUACCAGCCGCCCUGCAUCCUCCUCCACCACCACCAAUGCACGUGAUGUCAGAGCCAAGACAACCACAGAGAAGCGCCCCCUCGUUCCAAAGGCCAGCACUGCCACCUCAACAGGCUCCACUGCUGCCACCAAAAAUGGAACUGCUGCCACAGCAGCCAGUAAAACUGCUACAUCAGCGCGCACAACGGCGUCUACUCGCACCAUUACUACCACUGCAGCCAAAAAGCCUUUGGCCUCCAAGACAGACAGCAAGUCAGGAGAGGAGAAGAAGCCCAGCACUCUGAAGACUUCGACAGUUGACUCUACAAAGCCCAAGACCACCACCAGCACCACCCGCAGCACUGCUUCCUCCACCGCUGCCUCUCGCACUCGAACCACAGCAGCCAAACCGGCCACAACCUCCUCCACCACUGGUACGGUACCAGAGAAGAAACCCAUGGUGCCCCGAGCCCCCCGGGCCACUUCCUCAACCAUAACCGCCACCACCACCUCUAGGGUCCCAGCUCGCCCCAGCACAGCACCGGCCUCUGACAUCCGUAACGUCCGCUCUAAGAUUGGCUCUACCGACAACAUGAAGUACCAGCCUGGAGGAGGGAAGGUGUCAUCUGCCUCUCAGAGCAGGGGCGCCGUCUCCAAAGAAACGAGCCAGGGCAAAGUUCAGAUAGUCUCCAAAAAGCUGGACUUCAGCCACGUCGCCUCACGCUUGGGCUCCAAGGACAAUAUGAAGCAUGUUCCUGGUGGAGGGAAUGUGCAGAUACUCAACAAGAAGGUGGAUGUGAGUAAGGUGACAUCAAAGUGCGGCUCCAAGGACAACAUCAAGCACAAGCCUGGCGGUGGCGUCGUGAAGAUCGAGUCCCACAAAGUGAGCUUUAGGGAAAAGGCUCAGUCUAAAGUAGGUUCCAUGGACAACCUGAGCCAUUCACCUGGUGGAGGAGGCAUCAAGGCUGAGGGGGCCCAGGAGACAACAGAGGGGAAUGGGACUCCCCUGAGUGGCACCACGGCCCCAGCCCCAGGCUUUGAGCCGGGGCAGGCAGGGAGCCCUGCUGCCCAGGAGAAUGGGCUGAAGGAGGGGGUUCCCUGUGAUAGUGAGGGGCUCCGGGAGCCCCAGGCUCUGGACGCACGUAUCCCAGAGACAAGCAUCUAAUUCUACUAUCCCUCUGCCCUCCUCAUCUCAAACCCCCCCCCCAAAACAUUACCUCCUCCCCACCUUCUCCUAUCUAUAUUUUUUCUUUCUCCCUUACUUCCUCCCCCUAUUCUCUGCCCCUUUCUUUCCAACCUU